CGCACAGAGGUCACCAUGGACGUCUUCCAGAUGAGAAGCAUGAAUGAUUCGGUGAUGUCCCAGUUUAAUUUGCUGAACAGCAGCAUGGAUCACAGCGCUGACAGCCGGGCCGCCUCCUCCAGCCCCUACGGCUCGGAGCACGCCUCCAACGUCCCGACGCUCUCGCCCUAUUCUCAGCCCAGCUCCACCUUUGACACCAUGUCCCCCGCGCCCGUCAUCCCGUCCAACACCGACUACCCCGGCCCGCACCACUUUGAGGUGACCUUCCAGCAGUCCAGCACAGCGAAAUCGGCCACCUGGACGUAUUCCCCGCUGCUGAAGAAGCUCUACUGUCAGAUCGCAAAGACGUGCCCCAUCCAGAUCAAAGUCUCGACACCGCCUCCUCCGGGGACCGUCAUCCGGGCCAUGCCCGUCUACAAAAAGGCGGAGCAUGUGACAGAGGUGGUGAAACGGUGCCCGAACCACGAGCUUGGGCGUGACUUCAAUGACGGUUUAUCGGCUCCGGCCAGCCACUUAAUCCGUGUGGAAGGCAACAACCUCUCCCAGUAUGUGGACGAUCCUGUCACCGGGAGGCAGAGCGUGAUGGUUCCUUAUGAACCUCCCCAGGUGGGUACCGAAUUUACAACCAUCCUCUACAACUUUAUGUGCAACAGCAGCUGCGUGGGCGGGAUGAACAGGCGGCCCAUCCUCAUUAUCAUCACUCUGGAGACCAGAGAUGGGCAGGUUCUGGGACGAAGGUCCUUCGAAGGUCGGAUUUGCGCUUGCCCCGGCAGAGACCGGAAGGCGGACGAGGACCACUACCGGGAGCAGCAAGCCCUGAACGAAAGCGCAGCGAAGAACGGCAACCCCAACAAGCGGACUUUCAAGCAGAGUCCUCAAGGGAUUCCGGCACUAGGAGCUGGUAUGAAGAAACGGAGGCACGGAGAAGAGGAAACGUAUUACGUGCCGGUUCGUGGCCGAGAGAACUUCGAGAUCCUGAUGAAGAUCAAGGAGAGCCUGGAGCUGGUCGAACUCGUCCCCCAGCAGUUGGUCGACUCGUACCGUCAGCAGCAGCAGCAGCUCCUGCAGCGCCAGACUCACCUUCAGCCCCCUUCCUCAUAUGGCCCCGUUCUGUCACCCAUAAACAAGCUCCACACGGGAGGAAUCAACAAACUGCCGUCUGUGAACCAGCUGGUGGGGCAGCCGCCUCAGCAUGGCUCCAGCGCGGGACCAAAUCUUGGACCUAUGGGGCCUGGAAUGCUCAACAGCCACGCCAUGCAGUCGAACGGAGAAAUGAACGGAGGGCACUCUUCCCAGGCAAUGGUCUCGGGGUCACACUGCUCUCCCCCUCCGCCCUACAACCCAGACCCCAGCCUUGUCAGUUUUUUAACAGGACUGGGGUGCUCAAACUGCAUUGACUAUUUCACUUCCCAAGGGUUACAGACUAUUUAUCACCUGCAGAACUUAACCAUAGAGGAUCUUGGGGCGCUGAAGAUCCCGGAACAAUACCGGAUGAUCAUCUGGAGGGGCCUCCAGGAACUGAAACAGGGUCAUGACUACGGAGCCCAGCAGCUGAUCCGCUCCAGCAGCAACGCCUCCACCAUCUCCAUUGGCACGUCCGGGGAGCUGCAACGGCAGCGUGUCAUGGAAGCCGUGCAUUUUCGCGUGCGCCAUACGAUCACCAUCCCGAACCGCAGCGGGGCUGACGAGUGGGCGGACUUUGGCUUUGACCUACCAGAUUGCAAAUCCCGCAAACAGUCCAUCAAAGAGGAGUUCACAGAGGGAGAAAUCAACUGAGAGGUCUCCCGGAGCGUUUGGGAACCGCCG